UACACUGAUCAUCAGUGCCCAGAUGAUCAGUGUGAUCUGCUGUUUAGAGUGGGAGGACGUCACCUGUCAGUGCCCAUCAGUGCCAUCUGUCAGUGCUCAAUGCCACAUACCAGUGGCCAUCAAUGCCACAUAUCGGUGGCUACUAGUGCACAUCAAUGCCACAUAUCAGUGCCCAUCAGAGCUGCCAGUCAGCGCAGCCUAUUAGUGCCAGUCAGUGAUGCCUAUCAGUGCCCGUCAGUGCCACCUAUCAGUGUCCUAUGUGUGCUGCCUUUCAGUACCCAUCAGUGAUGUUUGCCAAUGCCCACCAGUGAUGCCUGGAAAUGCCCAUCAGUGCAGCCUCAUUAGCGCACAUCAGUGA